AUGGCAUCCUCCAAUUCACCAAAUCCCCUCUCUCCACGUAAAAUUUUACCGCUUCCCAGUAGACCACGAAACAGGCCAACGUCGAAAAACAGGCAAAGUUCGGACCCCAGAUCUUCCUCUAGUAUUGAGGCGGACGAACAUGCUGCAACACGAGAGUGUUCAAAAGACGAGCGCACAGCUGCAGACCAUCAGAUUGAAAGAAGCGACAGCCCAAAAUCGCAAGAUGAUUCCAUGUCUGUCACUACUCUGCUUGUAUCAAGAGUUCGUACAGAGAGCGCCGUAACUCCCAAAACUUUGGAGAAAGAAGGAACUCAAGAUACACCAACUCGAAACGCAAAUUUGAAGCCCGUUGCGACACCAGAUCAUGAAUUGCUCCAGCCUCUGCAUACACUAGAAACAGAAACAAAAUUACAACAAGCUAUGGCUCAGAAAAUCUUCCUGAAGUCGUGGAAGACUCUCACUAUACAUUUUCCUCUGAUGGCAUUGAAGUGCGGGGUUGUACCACCCCGCAAAUCAGCCACUCCCGAAGAUCGUCCGAAGGUUCAUUUGUUGAUAGCGAAUUAUCGGACGAAGACGCGGUUGAAGACGAAGAGGCACCAGACCAUUGCUAUACUAGGUGCAUUAGGAGAGGGAAAAAGUAGUAUAAUCAACUCGCUUCUACAUGUGACAGAGCUUGCUAGGACUAGCGAUGAAGGUUCUGCUUGUACUUCCGUUGUCACAGAGUACAGACAAAUGAAGAAUAGUACCCUCGAACCGUUUUCAAUUGAGGUAGAGUAUCUUUCCAAACCAGAGCGUCAAGAGAUGGUGGAAGAAUUGUUGUUGAAUUAUCGACAAAUACUUUUACCAGAUUCAGAUAAUGAAGGCAAUGCGCUUGAUUCUGCUGAACGGCCACGUAUCGAAAGAGAAUCCGCAGUGGCAUGGUCGGCUCUUGAGGCAUUGUUUAGCCAACAAGAAGAGUUCGAUGUCAGUUUCCUGAGCGACAAUUCGAAAGGUUCAUUUGAGAGGAUCAAGAGCAAAUUGUUAGAAUUGAUGCAUAAAAUAAAGUUUCCUGUAGAUAGUGAGUCUGGGUUAUGGAAAGCUAGUGCGCAUACUUCUGAUGAAUGUCAAGAACUAACCAGUGUCUUCAUGGAGGAUAAGCUAUGGCCAUUCACCAAGAUUAUUCGGGUCUACCUUGACGCCGAAGUGCUGAAAACAGGCGUUGUCCUCGCUGAUCUACCAGGUCUACAAGAUACUAAUUUAGCGCGUGUUCGAGCAACACAGAAGUACUUGCAGAGUUGUGAUCAUGUCUUCAUCGCAACCAAAAUUUCUAGAGCAAUUACUGAUACAACCCUAAAGUCAGCAUUAUAUAGUGAGCUCAAACGCCAUGUUCCGCUUGCGUGGGAGGAAUCGGGAGGCACCAAUAUCAAUUUCAAAUUGGCUGUUAUAUGCACAAGGUCAGAUGAUAUCAACCCAAAGACGGCAAAGAGGACUUUCGUUGGUGAUGGAAAAGAGAUAUCUUUGAUGGACCUGAAUUCGAUUGACAAAGAUAUCGAGAACGCGAAGCGCAAGGGUGAAAAAAGCCUAAAAGAAAAGCUCGAACGAAAGUGA